CUGAAUGGAGUUCCGAAGAGAGAAUCCCAAAUAAAAUCCUUGAAAAUCAAGAUCAUCUGUCAGCAGAUUGUUGAUUGUGUAUCCUCUGUAUAGUGUGACACCUCUGCCUAGCCCACCUGUUUCUGGUGGUGUAAACUACUGCUGACCGUUCAGAGUGGCAAUGAUGCAGCGCCGCUUGGACGAGCAGCAGCCUCGCCGAGUAAACCCAAGUGAGCCCCAGUACCCACGUGUGUUGGCCCCCUCUGCCCAGAGGUUUGGAGAUGUUGGAGGGAGUGGGCCAGGAGCCACUGGAGGAGCAGAGAAUAUGUCUACAGCAUUACAAUACCCCAUACAGAACUUCCCUGUAAAUCAAGCAGCUUUGCCACAUUCAUCUCCGAUGCACCAUGCUCCUCACCACAAUGUACAGCCACAGACACCACAGCAGGCUCAUCCAGCGGCUCCGGUCCAUCCGGCACCCUCACAGGCGGACAGACACCACGCCAUCGUUGCCUCAGAUAUGAAGCUGGACUUGGCGGCUGUGAGUCAGGGACAACAGCAGCAGCAGCAGUUUCAACGUCUGAAGGUGGAGGAUGCCUUGUCUUACCUUGAUCAGGUCAAACUUCAGUUUGGUAACCAGCCCCAGGUCUACAACGACUUCCUGGAUAUAAUGAAGGAAUUUAAGUCCCAAACAAUUGACACACCAGGGGUGAUCAACCGUGUGUCAAACCUAUUCAAGGGACACCCAGACCUCAUUGUGGGCUUCAAUACAUUCCUACCCCCAGGCUACAAGAUAGAAGUCCAAGCCAAUGAGAUUAGUGUACAUCAGCCAGGUCAGGCUACAGUGUUGAUCCCUACAUCAGCUCCCAUCAUACCACAGAUCCCUAAGCCACCGCCACCUGCUCACAUGCCCAGUACCCCAACACACAGUUCCUCAUCAUCGUCUCAUCACACCUAUCAUCAGUCUCCCCACCGUAGUCAGGACCCGCCCACUGCCCCGCCCCCAGCCCAAAUCAGUCAGCCCCCUCCACAACCUCCACCUCAACAGCAGCAGCAACAGCAGGCAGGUCAGCCUGUCGAGUUUAACCACGCGAUUAACUAUGUCAAUAAGAUUAAGAAUCGUUUUCAAGGACAACCAGAAAUCUACAAAGCAUUCCUUGAGAUACUUCACACUUACCAAAAGGAACAGAGAAACCUAAAGGAGGGAUUAGUGCCUACUGGUUACAAACCUCUGACUGAAGCAGAAGUGUAUUCUCAAGUUGCCAAGCUUUUCCAAAACCAGGAAGACUUGUUGGCAGAAUUCGGCCAGUUCCUGCCAGAUGCUAAUGGAUCAUCCUACCCUGGCUAUCUUAACAUGCUACAGGGAGACUCAGCCCUGGGAGUGAGGAAUGAUCACUCCUCUACUGUGAAGAAACCAGGAAUGGGAAACAAGAAUCAGAACAAAUCCAACAGCUCCCACCGUCGACCAUCAAGUGGUCAACAGCCUCCAGCCAAGAAAGCCAAGACUGGUACACUGAAGGAUAUUUCUCUAGCAGAGGCAGGCAGAUACGGAACUCUGAAUGAGUUUGCUUUCUUUGACAAGGUUCGCAGGGCCUUGAGGCAUCAGGAGGUGUAUGAAAACUUCCUGCGAUGUUUAGUGCUAUUUAAUCAGGAGGUGAUUUCUCGCUCCGAGCUUGUUCAGCUUGUACAAACCUUCCUGAUAAAAUUUCCCGAGCUUUAUAAGUGGUUUAAGGAUUUCCUUGGCUACAAGGAAUCUGGAGGUACAAUCGAGGCUGUUCCCUCAGGAGCAACAGCAGAAAAAAGGAUAUCUGGGGAUCUGGCAAUGGAAAUAGACUAUGCUACAUGUAAGAGGUAUGGAGCCAGCUAUAGAGCACUGCCAAAGUCCUAUCUUCAGCCCAAAUGUACUGGUCGAACGGCUCUCUGUCGGGAGGUGUUAAAUGAUACAUGGGUGUCAUUUCCAUCAUGGUCCGAGGACUCGACGUUUGUGACGUCACGGAAAACGCAGUAUGAAGAGCACAUUUACAGAUGUGAAGAUGAAAGAUUUGAGUUGGAUAUCGUAGUGGAAUCCAAUCUAAACACAAUACGGAUCCUCGAGGCGGUCCAGAAGAAAAUGUCUCGAAUGUCAUCAGAGGAGGCAGCUAAAUUCCGUCUUGACAACUCACUUGGAGGAUCAUCGGAGGUUCUUCACCGUAAAUCUAUACAACGGAUAUAUGGUGACAAGGCUCCAGAUAUUAUAGAUGGUUUAAAAAAAAAUCCUGUUGUUGCUGUUCCUUUAGUUUUACGGAGGUUAAAAGCCAAGGAAGAGGAAUGGCGGGAAGCACAGCGAAAUUUUAACAAAGUUUGGCGAGAACAGAAUGAAAAAUAUUACCUGAAGUCUCUUGAUCAUCAAGGCAUUAAUUUCAAACAGAACGACAUCAAGUCCAUCAGGUCCAAGGCUCUCCUCAAUGAAAUUGAGACGAUCUAUGAUGAGCGACAGGAACAGUUCCAGGAGAACGGCCCAGAGCAGGGUACCCCUCACCUAUCCUUCAAUUACAAAGACAAGUCAACCGUAGACGAUGCAGCCUCCCUCAUUAUACACCACAUGAAACGUCAGACAGCAAUACACAAAGAUGACAAACAGAAAAUAAAAGUUUUACUGAAACAGUUUAUCCCAGAUUUAUUCUUCACACCACGGGCGGAACUCAGUGAUGAUGAGAUGGAUAAAGAUGAAGAUAUGGAUAUAGAUGACGCUGAGAAAGAGGCUGUUAAACAGGAGAAGGAGCUGUCUCCAAACCCUCCUGUCACCUCAGAUCCCCCUACUGAGUCCUCCAAAGUGAAGGAGGAGGAAGGAGAUGUGAAGAUGGAGGAGGCACCAGGCUCACCGGUCCUCAAUGGCGCCCUCAGCGACAGUGAUCAUGACCUGGAGGAUGAUGAUAUAUACUCCCUCUACUUUAUCAAUAACAACUGGUAUCUAUUCUUCCGCCUGCAUGAGAUUCUGUGUGAACGUCUUUACAAGAUUUACAGUCUGUCAAUGCGUAUAGCUGCUGAGGAGGCCAUGUGUCGCCAGGAAAGAAAAGAGUCAACUGCCAUCGCCCUACGUCUGAAAGCUCCAAGUGAAGUAGAACCAGAAGAAUACUACCCGUAUUUCUUGGAGAUGAUAAAAAGUCUACUUGAUGGAAACAUGGAACCAAAUCAAUAUGAGGAUCAACUCCGAGAGAUGUACGGCAUUCAUGCCUACAUAGCAUUUACCAUGGACAAACUAGUACAGAACUUAGUCAGACAGAUGCAACACAUUGUGACUGAUGAUGUGUGCUGUAAGGUGACCGACAUGUUUGAGGAAGAGAAGAAGAACAAAGCCACUGGUGGUCGCGUUGCUACUGUCCACCAGCGUACUAACCAAGAAGCAACCUACCAAAAAAGGGCAGACCAUCUCCUGGCAGAUGAAAACUGCUUCAAACUGAUGAUAUUUAAAAAGGAUUGUCGUCUUACUCUGGAACUGCUGGAUACAGAGCAUGAACAGUCUGAUGAUCCUGUGGAGGUGGAGAGAUGGUCGGAGUACGUGGAGAAGUAUGUAGCUAAUGAUGAUACUGUAUCAGAGGACCUGAAAGAGGAGUUACAGAGAAAAGCUGUUUUCUUACCCAGAAAUGUACGGAAGUGGCGCUUACACCAACGAAACCAGAAACAGAAGAAUGAUGCUGAACUUGAGGAAACCUCAAACCCUGGGGAGUCCCCUAAACAGGAAACAAAUGAGGAUAUGGAUAUCCUAGAUAAUACUGAGUGUAAAUUUAAUGUGAACUCCUUUAAAAUUGUGUAUGUCGUAAACAGCGAAUACUACCUCUACAAACGAACUGCAUUAAAGAAGGCAAAAGAGUCUCAUAAGCGAGUGUCACUCAAACUACAUGAAAAAUUCUCAAACUGGGUGGACAAGUGGCGGGCACAGCAUGUGACUGUGGACAUGGAGAAGGAAUGUGAUGAUUGGCUGAUGGGCCGCAGUGAGGAUAUGAGAGCCAAUGAGACAUUUUGUAACAAAGUGGUGGUAACAGACACUGCUCCCUACUACCAAUACAACCAGUACCGUGUGGCAUACCAGGAGAAGCCACCAGACCGUGAGGAAGGAUAACCUACUCUUACCACUGACGUUAUUUAUUGAUCAUUUCAUCAUUUCCAUUAUCAUCAUGUGCUUGAGAUGGCCCUGUAUAGCUAGCUCAGGGUUGUAGUGGAUCACUGCACAAGUUGUUACUCGCGAUACAUUGUUUUUCACCAUUUUCCUGGCUAGAACAAAAUUGUGUAAAAUUAGAAUUUGAAAAAUAUUCAGAAAUUUGUGAUUUGUUUGAUUAUUCCCUGGAAAAAAAUUUCAUCUUUUAUGAACUAAUGAUUACUCACAAAAAAUCUGAGCAAUCUAAAAAGAAACAACAUUUGCUGUAUGUGAUAUGAUGCUGUUAUCCACAGACUUGAUGAAGCAUUUUUCACUUGUGUGAGACUGGGCUUAAGCAGGUCCACUGUCUGCCUGAGGCAUUCACUGCUGACUACAUUAUGAUACAUGUGAUGCACAGUUAUUUCUACACUAACGUGUGGUUUCUGUAACAGAAAACUCAGCUUGGUGAAAAUCAUGAAAUUUCUUUUCAGUGCAGAUAAUGAUUAAACUUGAAUAUUAGUACACUGACAAUGAAGACUUGUCAAUAAUAUUCUUGACUAUUUCAUCAUGUACUCAUAAUAAUGUGUUUUCCUUACAAUGGUAAACAUUAGUGUUAUUGGAUUGGAAUUUCAAAGUGUUGGACAGGAUGAAGUGGAUCUCAAGUAUCUGGGACCUUUUUCAUGCUAAAGGAUGGUUCUCCACAACAUCGAACAUUGAGACUGAUUUGUAAACCUUGGUUUGUGCAAGGCAGAGAGUUUGUUCUCAUUUUGUCAAAACCUGAUGAAAUGGUUCGACCGUUACGUAAUGCAAUAAACUAAAAAAAAGUCCUUAUGUCAGUGUCAUUAACCAAAGUCACGGGGCCUGCUGACCUGUGAGAUAGUCGACCCUUUCUCAGGAACACAGGACCAGGCCCCAGAUGUUUACACAACGUUUAUGUGUAGAGCCUAUUUUUAUACAGUGAAUAUUACAAGUUGAUGAUCAAGGCAGUAUCCUGUUAAUGUUUGUCAUAAAAUUAGGAAGUAUUUGUGAGCAUUUGAAAUUAACUGCAUUUCCAAUGAAAUUUAGUUAUAAAUCAUCAUUUUGUCAUAAAGUUGAAUAUAAGAUGAAGAUAAUGAGAAUACUUUUUAAAGCAAUUCAGUAUUCACAAUAGUUAUGUGAAUGGACUUAUUGAUGCAGAUAUUUUCUCCCAAAUCAUUCCUAAUUUAUGUUGCUUGUGAAGUAAAAUUUGGACUUUUAACAAUUAAACUGGUCAGAACCAUCCAUUUCCUCUGUUACAUGUUAAGAAAUCUAACAUUGGUGAAUAUUCAUACAUGUAUUUGGUGUAAAAUUUUGACCAGGGAAAUGGAAAGAAUGUUUGUAAAAUAUCGAAUCAGGAAACAUGACUUUUAAUUUUGCGAUUCUAACAAUGUGUAUGCAGAGAAAUGGGGAUGAGAUGACAUUUGAGUACUAGUUAAAAAGAGUGUGAGAGAAUGAUGUGUGAAGGGUACUAGUGUAGAUACCUGUAGUUAUAUGUAUAUAUUAAAUGUACAAAGUUGAUCAGAUGAUAAACCUGACAAGAAGUGCUGUAUAAAAGCACAACUUGUAAACUUGAAAUAAACCUGUGGGUGAAAA